GGUUUUGGGCCUGGGGGUGCAGGGUAUGGGCCAGGAGGUGCAGGGGUUGGACCUGGCACUGCAGGUUUUGGACCUGGAGGUGCAGGGUAUGGGCCAGGAGGUGCAGGGGUUGGACCUGGCACUGCAGGUUUUGGACCUGGAGGUGCAGGGUAUGGGCCAGGAGGUGCAGGGGUUGGACCUGGCACUGCAGGUUUUGGGCCUGGGGGUGCAGGGUUCGGGCCAGGCGGCGCAGGAUUUGUACCAGGGGGAGCAGGGCUUGUGCCAGGAGGUGCAGGAGUUGGCUCAAGUGGGAAGAGUGGGAGCAAAGCAUCAAAACAACUUCCAGGUGUAGGGGUUCCUGGACUAUACCAAGGUGGAUUUGUACCAAGUCAAGAUUUUUUAAGCCGAGGUAUUGUCCCUGGAGUGGCAACAGGAAAUGGACUUGGGCCGCAGACAGGUGGCGGGGUACUCGGCCAAGGUGCAGACAAUGGUCGAGGACAGCAGCUGCCAGGUGUUUUUCGUGGGUACCCUCUCAUAUCACCCAAGUCAGGAGUAGGCAAGUCAAAAAGUCCAGCCAAAGCAGCAGCCAAGUAUGGUGGAGUUGGAGCAGGUGCCCUUGGUCAAGGUGGUGCUGGAAUACCUGCAGGAGGGGUCGGUCUCCCUGGUUUUGGAGGCGGAGCUGGAGCAAUAGGUGGACCUGGAGCUGUUCCUGGAUAUGGAGGAGGAGUUGGAAUAGGUGGCGGACCAGGAGCUGUUCCUGGAUAUGGGGGUGGAACUGGAACAACAGGUGGAGCUGGAGCUGUUCCUGGAUAUGGCGGCAGAGCUGGAACAGGUUAUGGUCCUGGGUCAGCCAAAGCGCUCAAAUAUGGGCAGUCUGGUGGUGUCGGCACUGGUGCAACCGGAGGCCUUGGUGGACCAGGAGGAAGGGGUGGUGCUGGAUAUGGUCCAGGUGGUGCGGGCACUGGGACAGGUGGUGCUGGAUAUGGUCCAGGUGGUGCGGGCACUGAGACAGGUGGUACUGGAUAUGGCCCCGGUGCUGCUGGAACUGGGUUCGGUGGUGUUGGCAGUGGACCUGUUGGAGGAGGUUAUGGGCCGGGUAGUACCGGUACAGGACCAGGAAGAGCUGCACCAGUACUAGGAGGAACAGGAACUGGAUCUGGGGGAUACAAUGCCAAUGCCAAAGCCCGUAAAUAUGGUAUGAUGAGUGGAACACUGGGGAGUCAAGGUAUAGGUACUGGGGGUGUUGGACCUGCUAGUGCUGGCACAGGCUACGGACCAGGAGGAGUCAGGCCUGGUGGUGUUGGGACAGGGUUUGGACCUAGUGGUACUGCAGCAGGGUUUGGCCCAGCAGCAUCUGGUGGCGCAGGGGGAUUUACUGGACCUGGGGGAGCUGGUACAGGUUUUGUACCUGGAAGAGGUGGUGUGAGUACUGGCUACGGACCAGGGGCAGGAGUUGGGCCUGGAGGUACUGGAUAUGGACCAGGAGGUUAUGCAGGUGCCAAAGCCAACAAAUAUGGAGGACUUGGUGUUGGAAGUGGACCAAGUUCUGGACAAGGUGGUGGAGCGGGUGCAAGACUGCCUGGUUCUGGUGUUGGAACCAGUGGAGGACCUGCUGGUUUUGGACAGGGUGGUGCCGGAGGUGGAACCGGGUAUGGACAAGGUGGUUACAACACUGGAGUCGCCCCUGGAACAGGUUUUGGGCCAGGUGGAGGCUACGGUGCAGGGACAGGAACUGGAUAUGGACCAGGAUAUGGCGCUGGCUCAAAAGCUGCCAAAUAUGGACAAGGUGGACUCGGGGGCGGACAAGGUGGACUCAGUGGUGGGGGAAUCGGAGGCGGAGCCGGACAAGGUGGACUCGGCGGUGGGGCAAUCGGAGGCGGAGCCGGACAAGGUGGACUCGGCGGUGGGACAAUCGGAGGCGGAGCUGGCCAAGGUGGACUCGGUGGUGGGGUACUCGGAGGCGGAGCCGGACAAGGUUUCGGGACAGCUGGAUCCAAAGCAGACAAAUAUGGUCUACCAGGUGGAGUGCAACCAGGUCCAGGAAGUGGCACCGGCGCUCCAGUCAAUGGCACUAGAGUGUACAUGAACGGAACCAAUACUGGUGGUGCUACUCGUGCAACAACUGGACCCGGUGGGCGAGGAACUACACAAGGGACACGAGCUCCACUUCCAGAAGGUGGGACUCGCACUGACGUGGGAAGAGACGGAAGAGAAUUUGAUGGAGGUGAGGGUGGUCCGGGCAGUGUGAUAGAAGGUUCUGGCAUUGCUGCAGGAGAAGGGGUCGGUGGCAGACCAUUUGGUGCAGGAGUGGAUGGAGAUGGUCUAGGAGGAACAGGAAUUCCCAUCCUUGGAGGAAGACCAGGUCUUGGUGGGACUCCUCUUCCAGGAUCCACAGGAGCGGCACCCGGUGGGGGAAGAGCUGUCCAACCAACCGGCACAAGUGGGGUCCUACCUGGAGCCCAACCUCUCAAACCACCAGGAGUCCCGAGAGGCGAUACCCCUGGCGAAGGAGAGGGAGAAGCCCGUCCUGAUACAGUGACAGAUGGUCGACGUUGGACAGGAGGAACCAGUGCAGGACCAGUAGGAGGAAGUGGAAUUGGAUUUGGACCAGGAGGCACAUCAAUAGCAGUUGGGGCAACACAAAAACCAUCCAAAGCAUACAAUCCAGACGGGACCAAAGUUGGAGCUUUACCUGGUGGAGGAGGAGGUGCCACCCAGGUAGUUGGAGGAGGUCCAGGAGGAGCUGGGAGCGGACCUGGUGUAUUUGGAGGCGGUCCAGGAGGAGCUGGGAGUGGACCUGGUGUAUUUGGAGGAGGUCCAGGAGGAGCUGGGAGCGGACCUGGUGUAUUUGGAGGAGGUCCAGGAGGAGUUGGAAUCGGAACUGGUGUAGUUGGAGGAGGUCCAGGAGGAGUUGGGACCGGUCUUGGUGGACUCGGAGGAAUUGGGGCCGGCACUGGCGGAGUAGGAACCGGUCUUACAAAGCCUGGAAAAAGUUAUGGUGCUGGUGGAGCUGGGGCUUUACCAGGUGGAGGUCUACGCUUCCCAAAUGGAGCUGGUGUAGGACUCGGAGGAAAACCAGGCAAAAGUUAUGGUGCCGGUGGAGCUGGAGUUUUACUAGGUGGAGGUCUACGUUUCCCGACUGGAGCUGGAAGUCAAGUGGGGGUUGGGCCUGGUGGCUAUGGUGGUACCGGAGGUGGUGGCGUUGGUCCAGGCGGAGUUGGGACAGGAUCAGGUGUAAAUGGAGGAGGACAAGGACGGUUUGGAGCCGGGCCAGGUGCUGUUGGCGGAGGUCCAGGAGGUGUCGGAACGAGUCAAGGUGGCAUGGUGCCUGGAUCAGGUCUCACAAAACCUGGAAAAAGUUAUGGUGCUGGUGGAGCGGGAAUUUUGCCAGGUGGAGGAUAUGGAACAUUCGGAGCAGGAGGCCAACGUGGCCUUGGAGCUGGUGGCUAUGGUGGUCCUGGGAGUGCUGGUACCGGUCUUGGAAACUAUGGUACAGGGCUUGGACGUUAUGGCACAGGCCCCGGAGGUUAUGGUGCUGGGCUCGGCACUUAUGGUGGUGGACCUGGGGCCUAUGCUGCCAAGACAGGAGGCAGAGGUGUGGGUAGUAAUAUCGGUGGAACUGGAAACUUUGGAGCAGGAGCUGCUGGAGCAGGUCCUGGAGGUAUGGGAGGAGGACCAGGUUAUGGUGCUGGUGGUGCUGGUGGACUGGGGGGAUAUGGUGGUUCAAGGUAUAGUCCUGGAAAACCAUCAAAAAGCUAUGGGGCAGGAGCUGGUGGAAAUAGAGUUGGGCCUGCUGGCUAUGGAACUGGAGCAGUUGGAGCCGGUUCUGGUCCAGGAAGUUUCGGAACAGGUGGUAUAGGGCCUGGAUCUUAUGGGCCUGGCUCUGCGGGAGCAAGAUUGGGCGGUGCUGGAAAUGGAGCAGGUGGCUAUGGACCAGGUGGUGGUGCCACAGGAGCUGGGGGAGCAAGAUUGGGCGGUGCUGGAAAUGGAGCAGGUGGCUAUGGACCAGGUGGUGGUGCCACAGGAGCUGGGGGAGCAAGAUUGGGCGGUGCUGGAAAUGGAGCAGGUGGCUAUGGACCAGGUGGUGGUGCCACAGGAGCUGGGAGCUAUGGAACAGGUGGAGCAGGACUGGACAUGAGGAAGCCGCCUAAAUCUGGAUAUGGUUCAUCAUCACUUGGAGGAGCUGGCUAUGGCACUGGUGGCUUUGGACCAGGCGGUGCUGGUACAGGUGGAUAUGGACCAGGUGGUGGCAUCAGACCCAAUGGUGCUGGCAUAGGAACAGGUGGCUAUGGACCAAGUGCCGCUGGCACGGGAACCGGUGGCUUCGCACCUGGUGGUGGUUUCAGACCAGGUGGUUCCAGCACAGGAGGCUUUAUGGCUGGGAAUACCGGCCCAGGAACAGGUGGCUUUGGACCUGGUGGUGGCUUCAGACCAGGUGGUGCCAGUGCAGGUGGUUUUGGAAUAGGUGGCCAACAAUUUGGCACAAGAAAAAUGCAGAAACCAGGAGGUGCUAUUUCCAAUGGAUUUGGACCUGGCAGCUAUGGCCCAGGGGGAUAUGGUCCUGGGGGAACUGGGACGGGCUCUUAUGGAGGUCAAGCAGGGGGUGCUAUCAACGGCUUUGGUGGAACAGCUCCUGGAGGCUAUCCCGGAUACAUGGGAGCUGCACAAAAAUCGAGCGCGCAGAAGGCAGCCAAGUACGCCGCCAUGCAGAACCUGCUGGGAGCUGGAGCCUACAGAGGUGGCGGCUGUCAGGGCAAAUACUGCGGCCGAAGGAGGAAGUGAGAGCGCAAACCAGGAUGUGACCUCAUUGCUUCAACAGCGGUGCUACUUUGACCCCAGACCAAACACGUCCUACCUUCCGUCGGAGCUUCGGCAACAACCUGCUGACGUCAGCACCUCGCCGUCGUCGUCAGGAUUCCCUCGAGACAAACCAAAAUAUUCAUUUAAGCCAAAAGCGUUGAGAUGCACUCAAGGAAACCUUUUUCAGUUCGGACGCUGCUGAGAACCUCCGCCAAGGAAAGGUCUCGCACCUUGGAGGAGGUCAUCAUGUGCUAAAGACCCAGCCCACCUCUAACACUGCUGAUGAGGAAUAACACACACCAAAUGUGAGCCGAUUAUGAUGAAUUAUUUAUCAAAUGUGAGGUCCUCACAAAUAAACCCUAACUGUGAGGUCAUAAUAUGCCACACGAACAUCCGAGGAACCUCCUUUAGACAUCAUGAGAGAGUCUGUGUACGUGUGUGUGUUGGUGUGCGCAUGUGUGUGUGUGUGUGUUUCCAGUGCGCGAGUAUUAGUCCUAAGUUAUAGUGACAAAGAGCAGAAGAAAAUUAGCUUCUUAGCAAUUUAGCCAAGUGUUACAUUCAAAUAUCGUUUUGGAAAAUUUGCUUCCCGCAAUGCUGGUGAAGGUUGCGAUUUGAUUUUGCAUUUGGAGAUGUCACUGAAUGAAUCCCAAAGUCACUUUGGUUUUGUUGAAACAUUUUCAGUGCGAACAAAAUGGAGCACUUUUGUACACGCCGCUUUUCAAAUAAAAUAUCAACUCAUGACCUUA